AUGAUAAGAUUUAGCUCGAUUAGCACGGGACGCAACGGGGAGCAAUACACCACGGAAGUGCCUUUACAAGUCAUUGGUCGCCUGAUUUGGAGGCAAAAGCACAGCUGUGCCUUGUUCCUACUGCAGCCUCACCCGACCAUGCUGAGGGAUGUUGGCAUGUUCCUGAUUUCUGCCGAAUCUCUGUCCCGUUUCUCUUCCUUAAAUUCCAUUUCAAUUCACGCCUGGUCGAUGGGUGCGAGUGAUCUAUUCAUUUCUCAUUCUACCGAUCGCGAGAUAAUGGAUCAUUUUCACGGUACCUGUAGAAAGGAUGAUCACAGUUGCGACUGUGAUCAAUUCUCUCUGCAAGCCAGUUAUAUAGAUGGACCACGCAUACAUUUGAUUGAAGAGAUGCAGAGGCAGAAAUUUCUCGAAACUUCCGAAGAAAGUGACGGAACCCCUUCACUUACGGCCACACUCUCGGCUGCUUCUAGUAGUUCGAUUUCGCCAGAAAACAAUGUAUACCGUAUUCCUUCCAACACAUAUUCCAGCCGGGCACCCGAACCUUUUGUCUUUGAGGACAGCGUCUUCUCAAUAGCACCUGGGUUUAGUCCUUCCACAAACAUCUUUUUUAAUCAAGCAACAAUACCCGACCUUCCAUUCGAUAACCAUUUUCUGGAUUUCGACGCCUACCCGUUUGAUUUGUGCAGUCGUCCCGACCAAGUCCCCUUGCCAGUUGAUGGAAUAAUCGAGCUCCCACUCGCCACUCAGGAGAGCAAUGAGAACCCUAGAUAUGCGUCUACUUACUGGCCUGCAGUCUUCUCAGACCAAACGGAACUGAAUGCCACGGAAGAUCUCCACACUAGCAGACGGAAAGGUAACAUGCUGGUUUCUAUCCCGGAAGCCAGCGCUGCUGAAGUCGAAUCCGAGCAGCAGUACAUCGUUGGGCUGGCUAGCGAGAUGCAGAGAAGACUACGCCAUCUUUCUGACGCUGGAGUAUCGCGAUCUUGGAACUCGUCAUUUUCCAGUGUGAUUCGAGCCUUUACGAUCCGCCUUGGCCAUGAGUCCUCAAAUGAUAUCAGUCACAAUACCUGGCAAAUCAUUCAUAAGAACAGUGGUAAGGAAACCGAUGGCACCAAGGGAAAUCUUCAUGAUAUGUCUGUGGAGGAUAAGAUGAGUCUCUGGGAGGACCAAAAGAAUCCCAAUUGCACACCAUCUCCACAGUACACACAGCUCAAGGAAGACACACGAGAUCGCAUUGAAUCUUCCACAAGACAAAUCGAAUAUGAAGCGAUACUAGAAAGUCGGGCCUUCCAUUGGUUAUUAGAGCAUUUGGAAAGACAAGCCUCGCUGUGGUGGGAUGACAAUGAUCUAGGAAUCUGCGUGAAGGAGGAGAUCCAGCGAAAAGUUAUGGAUCUCUUCGCAUUGAAGAUCGACGAAAGGCACACAUCAGAGAUUCAAAAGAUCAAGUUUCAGCUUCUUGACUGGCCGCUACUCGGCAUAGGAAGUGACAAACAACAUCUUCAGCACAACGACAAGACAAAGCCAUUGAGACAAGUCACGCUUGAAUCUGCGGUGGUCGUAUGUUGUGCAGAUAAGAGUCAGGUGGUGACCAUAAGAGACUACAUGGAUCAGACAUGGCCAUCAAGUUGGAAGCAGGCCUUUGAUUUACUCCAAUUUUGUGCAGACGUUGGGGAAACACGGGUUUUGGAUAAUAGGCACCAAGUCGUUGGUCCACCAGGUCAUCCUAAUCUCCUAGCUUCGGUAGAAGAUGGACACCUUACGGUUACAGUUGAAGGGUAUCCCUACUUCAUAGCUGAGUAUGGCGAGCAACUUGCGUGGCUCUCAGCCGCUGUUGCACAGAAUAGCCGCGCUGCUUAUCGCAGACCAACAAUCACUCGACAGAGAGAGAUAGGAUCGGACGAAACCAUCUUCUGUUUCGACAUCGUUCUAGAGGAAGAGCCGCUUCAGUCGUUGCCGCCGCAAGAGCGGUCAUUUGCAGGAAUCCUAGGACAGGAUUUCAAUAUUUCCCUUUGGUCCGAGGUCGCCACAGGCAAAAACGCAAGAUUGAUGAUAGGAUACGAUGCAACACAAGUCAUAGACCUGGUGCGAUAUCAAACUGGUCGGCAUAUCAUCACCCAAAUCGGAGACUCAACGUGGCCAGAGACACCAUCUGGAUUCUCCUCUUCUGGAGGAAAAUCAAAAGGACCAGCUGUAGACGUCAACUCCUCAACGCCAUCUGUCCAAAUUAUGGACACCAUCGAGUUGUCGCCCUGGCAUUCAAAUACAUAUGGAAAUCAAAGCAAGUCUGAACACUGCAAAAGUGGUUUGAUUGAUCUCCAUAAUGGUGGCGGUGAUGGAGCUGCCGAUUCUGCAGCUGCUGAAUCUGCAGAUUCCUUGGACACGGAUCUUCUGUCAGUAUCAGAUGAGUCGGAUGAUAUCGACUUCCAGCCUUUGUACGAAGACCAUCCAAUUUUGCCACUGAUCCAGGCCAUUGCUCGUACCCUGCUCCGAGACUAUCGACUUCAGACUCAGCAUCGAGGAGAGACGUCUUCCAGUGGUGCCUCUUCCUCGGCAUCAGCGCUUGACCAAACACAAGAGGCGAAAGGACCUUCGAAUCCUCAACUUCCAGUUAAUAGAAAGCGCAAACCUGAAACUGAGCUCAAAUCGGGCAGAGAGCCAGGCAAAUCAUCGGGAUCAGCGCAGGAGGCUAAAAAGCAGCAGCUCACAUUAGCAUGCCCCUUCUGGAAAUUCAAUACCGACAAAUAUCAUGUUUGCGUCACCAAAAAGCUCACAAGGGUACGGGACGUUAAACAGCAUCUUAAGAGGAGUCAUACUCCUGAGCACUACUGCCAACGCUGCUUCAAGAUCUUUGACAACGAAGAUAGUCUUCGAGGCCACGUAUCGAAUCCAGAAGGGUGGACCUGCCUUCUCAACGAAACAGGGGCGCUGGACGGAAUUUCUCAUGAACAAAGCAGAAACUUACACAGAAAGUCGGCUCCUGGGCAGACGGAUGAGAAUCAGUGGUUCGCAAUUUGGGACAUUCUAUUCCCUGGAAAGACAAAACCACGCUCAGCGUACAUGAAUCCCGAUAUGUGCGAAGAACUAUCAGCUUUCCAAGAGCAUUUGAACUACAAUGCUGCUCAAAUCGUGCAAGAUUCACUAGAGACCGCAGGGUUUCUUUGGCAUCUCACAACCGAGGAGGAGUCACAAAAUCUUCGCAGGGUAGUCAACGAGGCUCUCUAUGCCAUGCAACAAGAGUGGAUCUCAAAUCGAACAACUAUGCGACCAAUAGCAAGCGCACGACAUUCACAUCAUCAAAGCCACCCUGGCAACUCUCAACCCGUCAGAGGAUUAACGACUCCUACUGACAGCGGCAUUGGUUUGGAAUCACAGACCGACGGAUCAUAUCGAAGACCAAGUACUGUACCUCAGCAAGCAAAUCUUUCAGGUUUAGAGCAGCAGGACAGCUCGACUGGUAUUGAGUCGCAAGUUUUGACAAUAUUGGAAGAUGCAGCUCGAAACAUGCCGGUCUUCGAUGGAGGGCCGACCACAAAUUCUUUAGCUGCCCAACCAGCAUCAAAUUUUUGGGUACCACAGGCCCAUCUAGCGGGGUUGACAGGACUCUUUGGACCCGAUUCAAGAAUGAACGGAUUUGGUGCGGCGAAUAGUACAGUCCCGCUGAUUGAUCUUUCCUUUUGGGGCUUUGAUGAGAACGUGGGACAUGUCGCUCCGGCUUUGACAGGAGCGGCAACGGCGGAAAUUCCAUCAAACAAAGCCGUAGGCGUAGGAGGCAUCGCAGUAUUGGCAUGGAGCUUUCAAGUCACCGAUUCUCAUUAA